AUGGCGGCGGUCAGAGGUGUAGGAAGACUUUUUAGGAUUGGAUGCUAUGCUACCCGGCAGGCUCCAGCCCUGACAGCAUCCAGAUUCGUCCAACAAAGGCAGUUUCGUGUAAAUGGGGUCCAGUGUCAAGAGGAAGCUGCUUCGGAUAAGCCUCAGUUCCCUGGGGCCUCCGCCGAGUUUGUGGAUCACUUGGAGUUCAUCCAGCCCAACGUCAUCUCCGGAAUCCCCAUCUACAGAGUGAUGGACCGGGCUGGACAGAUCAUCAACCCCUCUGAGGACCCGCAGCUGUCAAAAGAGACCGUCUUGAACUUCUAUCAGAAGAUGACAUUACUAAACACCAUGGAUCGAAUCCUGUAUGAGUCUCAGAGACAAGGUCGUAUUUCAUUCUACAUGACUAACUAUGGUGAGGAAGGAACUCAUAUUGGCAGUGCGGCCGCGUUGGAUGCCAGUGACCUUGUCUUUGGCCAAUAUCGUGAAGCAGGAGUGCUUAUGUACCGUGGGUUUCCACUGGACCUGUUCAUGGCACAGUGCUAUGCUAACGCAGACGACCUCGGCAAAGGCAGACAGAUGCCUGUCCACUAUGGUAGCAAAGACCUGAACUUCGUCACCAUUUCCUCUCCUCUGGCAACACAGAUCCCACAAGCUGCCGGUGCUGCCUAUGCCCUGAAGAGGGAGAAUGCCAACCGUGCCGUCAUCUGCUACUUUGGAGAGGGAGCCGCCAGCGAGGGUGACGCCCACGCCGGCUUCAACUUCUCCGCCACGCUGGAGUGCCCGCUCAUCUUCUUCUGCCGCAACAACGGCUACGCCAUCUCCACGCCCACCAACGAGCAGUAUCGAGGCGAUGGCAUCGCUGCGCGAGGGCCUGGAUAUGGGAUGAUGUCCAUCCGUGUGGAUGGCAAUGACGUCUUUGCCGUUUACAACGCCACCAAGGAGGCUCGCCGGAGGGCUGUCGCAGAGAACCAGCCCUUCCUCAUAGAGGCUAUGACGUACAGAAUCGGUCACCACAGCACCAGCGACGACAGCUCGGCGUACCGCUCGGUGGACGAGGUGAACUACUGGGACAAGCAGGACCACCCCAUCUCCCGCCUGCGCCACUACAUGUCGGCGCGCGCCUGGUGGGGCGAGGACGAGGAGCGCGCCUGGAGGAAGCAGUCCCGCAAGCUGGUCAUGGAGGCCUUCGAGAAGGCCGAGAAGCGCCUCAAGCCCAAGCCCGACCUGCUCUUCGAAGACGUCUACCAGGAAAUGACCCCGAACCUGGAGAAGCAGAAGGAGGCCAUGUGGAGGCACGUGCAGCAGUACAAGGAGCAUUACCCCAUGGACCUGUACGACAAAUAAAACGAAACGGUGCGAUGACGACGUUGUGUGAAACAUCAUCAGGGACUGACUGACGUGUGUGGGGUUGCAAUACUGUAGUGAUUUAUUAUGUGUGUGAGUGGUGUGUGUGCGUAUGCCGGUGUGUUGUAGCAUUAUGAGAGAUGCUUUGACCAGAUGCUGAAAAUGGAAAGGGUUUUUUUCCACCAGGGGCCUCUAUGACACUGUAUUUUAGUGCCUUGAAACACGUUGAAAGUUUUCUCUUAAUUUUUCUCUUUUUUUUGUAAAUUCGUCAUGAAUUAACUUCCGAAACUGAGCAGAUUUAGAUGCCUGGUUGUGUCUUCCUUGUGUACUGAACCUUUCCUCCAUCUUAUGCAAUCUGCAUAGCAAGUAGAAGUGCUACAGUCGUGUUUGGGAGUAGUAAAGUUGUUUUCGCUGUUACGUAAAUGCUGUGGUCUUCAUCAAAUUUACGGUAUGAGGUAUUCCUCUUGCUCUUGGCUGUGUUUGUAACCUUAUUCCAAGUUUGUAUUGCUGAUCUACUAGAGACAGAGACAGUUGUAUUGUUCUACUACAAGAGACAGAAACUCCUUUUAUUCUUUGUAACAAAACUCCUCACCUUUAUCAUUGAUAUCCUGCUAAUUCCUCAUUCUUCAACCAGUUACUGAAGCGAUGGAUGGAGUAUUUUUUUUUCAUGGGGUUCAAUUUCCUCUUUCCCUGUACUUCAGAUGUAUGAAUUCAAACAAAAGCUCCUUGCUCCAACAGAACAGUUUUGGCUUGCUAGACUGUCAUUCAACACUGUAAACCCAUACACUAAAAGCAGUGUCUGUAAUGCUGCUGUGUAUACUUUUAACAUGCUUGUAUUAGUAGUACCCAUUCCUGUUUCUUUGUAGUUUGCUGUACUUUCUGUUCGGGCAAGGGGUAUUUGUGAACUCAGAAUAUCUUUGGCCUUUGUGGUCAAAUUGGUUGCUGAAACCAGUACACAUUACUGGAGGAAUGUAGUCUUGGUGGGUUUUUAAACAUGCCUCUAAAUAAAUGACAUUCAGAAUGAA